AUGUCUGCCAAAUACUUGCUGGUGUUGUUUGUUGUGGUGGUGCUCCUCACCACUCACUCUCUUGCUCAAUACAAACCGCCAGGAUCAGGUCACAAGCCUCCAAUUUACAAGCGUCCUCCAGCAGAGGAACACUCCUCGGUUGAUACGGAGAAGGCAUUCCUUGAUGCAUACAAGCCUCCCAAAGGUAAGGGAGGGAAGCCACCUCACAAGCCAGGACACCCUCCUGUAGUUGAUGCGGAAGACGGAAACUACAAGCCACCGGUGAAGAAGCCACCGGUGCAGAAGCCACCACCGAAGAAGCCACCACACAAACCUCCAUCAUCCGACUAA